AAAAAAAAGGCAUGGCAUGCACGUACUAAUGUAACUAUACUAUAUUAUAUGACAUUAACAAACAGAAUGAAGCUUUUACCAACAUCCCAGUGCCCACCAACUCCAAGAUCGGAGACAAAAGUGGCAAGCCACUGCAAAAAUUGGAGCAUUUUCACCGUACGAGUUAAAGACUCCAUUUUAUUCUGGUACUGAACAUGAUGCAAGAAUCUCAAAGCACAAACCCCCCUGCGAGCACGGACCCCCCUGCGAGCACGGACCCCCCUGCAAGCACGGACCCCCAGCGAGCAUGGAUCCCCCUGCAAGUGAUGCUGACAAACCAGCAACAAUUGAAGAGGUGAAAGAGGAAGGUCCAAUGUUUCCCUGCAACCUUUUCGAUACAGAAAUGGUUCACAAGAUAGCACAAGAAUUCCUUACAGGAUUAUCCUCUGCCUGUGUUGACAACACGACAGGUGGCAUAUUCAAGAGCCCUGGUUCAGUGGCUGUUGAUAUUAGACGAGAAAUGGUGGACUAUCUUGUCCACAGAAGUGAAACGUUUGUUGCUGAAUCCAUUGUCUUGGAAGGGGAUGCCAAUACCGAAGCACCUACUGAUGCUUUCGAUAUUAUCUCUGAUAUUAUUGAUGAAUUCGCACAUUCAAAAAGGAAUUUUUUUAGCCGUGUCUCGGGAUGGGUUCUGAGUGAUAGGAGAGAAGAUAGGAUAGACGAUUUUGUGCAGGAGAUGGAAACGAACGGGUUUUGGUUGAUCGGGCGGAGGGAGGCGGUUGCACAAACUUUGCUUAGAAACGUCGACUUCAAGAACACCUACCAUUGCAGUAUGAAGUAUAGGUCUGACGAAGAGCUGCAACAACAUCUUCCCUCUUGCAAUUUCAGGGUUAUGAACUGUGACCACGAGGGAUGUAAUGUUAUAUUCAUUGCAGGACGUGCCGAAGAACAUGACUCUUCCUGUCCUUUCAAAAUAAUCCCAUGCGAGCAGAAAUGCCCGGAAACCAUAAUGAGGCGGGAUAUGGACAGGCAUUGCAUUACUACUUGUCAAAUGAAGCUCGUGAACUGCCCCUUUUAUCCGGUAGGUUGUCAAUCUACAGUUCCACAGUGCAAUAUACCUCAACACCGGACCGAGAACCUACAGGCUCACUUGGUCUGCAUCUUAAAACUUGUUCACAAGGAAGCUUCUCCCGAAGCCCUGAAUAAAAGGGCAGAACAACUGUUGGAGGCAUCGCCUCGUGCGAAAUUAGCAGCUUCUCGGGAUGCAAGAGCUUUAACAUUUGCAAUUAAGGAUCUUGAAGGGAAGCUUGGGCCAAUAGUGGAAGAAGUGAAGCCAGUUGCAGAGGAAGAAAACACAACAGCUAACAAUGAGGAGAGCACUGCUGAGUCCACUGAGAAUGCCGCCAAGGAUGGAGAAUCAACUCUUAAAACUGAAGAGUCACCCGCAAAGCAUAAUGACCUCACAUCUUUAGAAAGCAAGGCGGAGCCUAAUGAAUCACUUGCCAAGGCCGAAAACGCUCCAAAUGAAUCACUUGCCAAGGCUGAAAACACUCCAAAUGAGUCACUUGCCAAGGCUGAAAACGCUCCAAAUGAGUCACUUGCCAAGGGUGAAAACGCUCCAAAUGAGUCACUUGCCAAGGCUGAAAACGCUCCAAAUGAAUCACUUGCCAAGGCUGAAAAUGCUCGAGAAGCACCCUCAGAAAACGAGGAUACUACAAAUAAACAGUCUGAUACAGAGGGUUCAGAGCCAAUAGUAAAGAGAGAAGAGAAGAGCACUGAUUUGGCUGCUCAGGGAGAUGCGGGAGUAGUGGAGUCUCCGGUGUCACCCAAGGAACAGAAUGCCUCUACUGCUUUACCCCGUGAGGUAGAGUCACCUGCAAAAGCUUUGGACUCUCCGAAAGCUACCACUGAAAAUGAGGGGCCCACAGUUCUUCAAUCUGAGAAAGAAAAGAUCUCAGAGUCUGCCCAAGAAGAAGAAAACCCCAAAGAACAAUCUAGUGAAAACUAGAUGCACGUGGAGCCAUAUAAUCCAAUGGGAUGGAGAGAAUUGAAGAGUUGCAUAGGUACAACUUCUAACAGGGAAGAUAAUAUUAUGCGUCAUAGGCUUGUAGAAGGAACUUCUCCAUGCCACAAGGAAAAACGGAGCAGCUUUAGGUUCUGUUUCAUAGCUUUGCUCUGAAGCCUUGGACUUAGGAUAUAUCCCGAAAGCAGAGUGUGCCGAACCAGUUAACUUAGUUUGUCACCUGGGAGAGAGACCUAGAAGCUAAUCUCAGAAUUAUUUCCCUGCUGUAAAAAGAUUUUUUUUGUUUUGUUUUGUUUUAUUUUGUUUUAUCCAGUUUUCUUCGUCAAAAUGAGAUGGUGUCCAUCAACACUUGCAGAUUUGUCGUUUGGCUGUGUCUACACACUACCUGUGGUUUUAUCUUUUUUUUUUUUGCUUCCCAUAUAUCAUCCAUUUAUGUAUUUGUAAACAUUUAUCCAAUUAAUGGAUGCGAGAUUUUGCUCA